AUGGAAGCCUCGCCGUUGCCGAUGCUCGUCGCCCCCCGCUUCCUGUCUCUACCGCCGCUGCUGGCGCCGACAUGCCCCCGGCGGACCGCUCCCUUCGUCCGCGCGGCCACGCAGACGCUGGAAGCUCUGGAGGCGCCCAAACCGCCGCGGCCGUCCCCCAGGCGCAGCGCCGUCGCUGAGGUGAAGGGGGCCCCGGACCCCAUCGCCGCCCUCAACAGGUUUGAGGAGGUACUGCAGACACAAGACUGCAACAUAAUUCUGCGCCACUGCGGGGACACUAGGCGUUGGGAUGACCUCUCUAAGGUCUUCGAGUGGAUGCAGGAGCGCGAGAUGACCAACGCUGCAUCUUAUAGCAGCUACUUCAAGUACCUUGGACUGAGCCGUGACCCUGCGAGGGCGCUUCAAGUGUACGGUGCCAUCAAAGACCGAACGAUGAGGGUCCAUGUCUCCGUCUGUAAUUCGGUUCUCGGGUGCUUGGUGAAGAAUGGGAGGUUGGACAGCAGCUUCAAGCUCUAUGAUGAGAUGAUACGAGAAGGCCUAUCUCCUGAUCCAUUCACCUACAGCACCCUGCUGUCAGGGUGUAUGAAGUUGAAGCAGGGCUACACCAAGGCAAUGGGAUUGAUCAAUGAUAUGAAAUCCCGUGGUCUUCAGAUGGAUAUUGUGAUAUAUGGCACUGUUAUGGCAAUAUGUGCAUCUCAUAACUACUGUGAGGAGGCUGAAGUAUACUUUCAGAAAAUGAAAGAUGAAGGCCAUAGUCCUAAUCUGUUCCAUUACAGCUCCCUGUUGAAUGCAUAUUCAGAAAAUUCUGAUUAUGGAAAAGCUGAGUUGUUGAUGAAAGAUCUGAGGUCCUCUGGAUUAACACCAAAUAAGGUUAUAUUGACCACUUUGUUAAAGGUGUAUUCUAAAGGCGGUCUCUUUGAGAAGGCUAAGGAACUGCUAACUGAACUGGAAGCCUCAGGCUUUGCACAUGAUGAGAUGCCAUACUGCAUAUUGAUUGAUGGCCUUGUCAAAGGUGGGAAGAUACAGGAAGCAAAGAUUCUAUUUAAUGAAAUGAAAGAAAAAGGCAUCAAAUCUGAUGGUUAUGCAUUUAGUAUCAUGAUUUCAGCAUUACACAGAGGUGGUCAUCACGAAGAAUCAAAACAGCUUGCAAAAGAGUUUGAGUCUGAGAAUGCAUCAUAUGAUCUGGUUAUGCUUAAUACAUCACUGCGGACUUACUGCAGCACAAAUGAUAUGGAGAGUGUAAUGAGGAUGCUAAAGAAAAUGGAUGAAUUGAACAUAUCACCUGAUAAUAUUACAUUUAAUACCUUGAUAAGGUACUUCUGCAAUUCGAAGGUUUAUCACCUAGCAUACAAAACGGUUGAAGAUAUGCAUACAAAGGGUCAUCAAUUAAAUGAGGAGCUUUGUUCUCAUGUAAUGGUACAGCUAGGAAAGGCAGGUUUUCCUUCUGAAGCAUUUUCUGUGUAUAAUAUGUUGAGAUACAGUAAAAGAACAGUACACAAAUCUCUGCAUGAGAAGGCCUUAGGCAUCUUAGUUGCAGCAGAACUUCUCAAGGAAGCUUAUAUAGUUGUUAAGGACAAUGCUGAUCUGAUAUCUCCUGCUUCUUUGGAGAAGUUUGCUAAAUCUUUCAUGGUAUCAGGCAAUAUAAAUCUAAUUAAUGAUGUCAUGAAAGCCCUAAACCGCUCCGGGUGGCGUAUCAGCCAGGACAUCUUUGGGAGAGCAAUCAAGAGAUACAUCCGGAAGCCUGAUAAGAAGCAGCUGCUGCUGUGCCUCUUAGACUGGAUGAUUGGACAAGGCUAUUCUGUAGACUCGUCAUCAAGGAACUUGCUUUUGAAGAAUGCUCAGCUUUUUGGCCAAAACCAAAUUAUAGCAGAAAUCCUUUCUAAGCAGCAGACAGCAUCAAGGACUAUUGGCCAAAGACACAAAAAUUGA